UGGGCGAGUCUGGAAGCUUCCACCAGAAGUGAUGCCAGUAGAAUAAAAAUUUUGAUUGGCCGUUUCAUCUUUCCGCUAUUUAUACGACAGUGGUAGUUGAUAGCCCAUUACACCAGUUAAUUGAGUUGACGAUAUACGAUAGUGUGUGGGUGGGGGAUGUUUCACAACAGAUAUUGAUUUUUCUAUCUUUUUAAAUGAGAUAAGUAUAAGCUUCGUAUGAGCCGGGACAGCGUGAGAAAUUUGCGUGACGUCACUUCCGCUUUGUUUUGUCAAUGGGAGGAGGCGUAACCACUACGCUGUGACCUAGUGCGUUAGUUGUAGCCUAGCCUACAACUUAGCGACAGCUGUCUGCCGGGGCGUCUGGGCCGUCGCGCCGCUUCCCAAAUUUUCACUUCUGCUCCUGUGUUUAGUCAUGUUUCGCUUUUACAAGGAGCUAAUGUACGAACUUAUGAGGCCGUGUUCUUUAUUGGGGAUGUAUUUUAGGAUUUCGAGUCCGAUAAGGAUAACAUUGAUGUUAUUAUUGCCGCAGUUUUAAAAUGUCGUGACUUGAAUUAAUGAAGAAAAAAAAAUGUACGGUGUAUUCUUGUUGUGGAUGCACGUCAGUGUUCUAUUAAUAACUGGGUUUACCGAGGUCAAUAUUGUUAGCCUGUGUAUUACGUCAUGACAGCCGGCCCGGAUACGCUGUGGUCUAGUUGUGUAAUGUUGGUCUAGGGUUCCUUAUGACCGGCGUUUUUACCUCGUUUGUUCUACAGGCAGUUGACACUUUUCAAACCUGAUUAUUAUUAUUUAAACACACGGCUGUUUUAUUUCAAGGAUUACUUUGUGCUUAAAAAUAAUCAGUAAUAACUUAUUUGAGCGGAUUAUUUGUAUAAAAAAAACACUUUAGGAUUGUUGAAUGGAAAUGUGCAAAGGAUAAUUUGUUGAUCUUUGUUGGAUUUGUGGACACAGGAUGUCGCGUACUAGAGGUUGGCUAUACUACACAGUGAGUCAAUUGGCUGACAAGUCUACCAGGGAAUCACUAGCCAUUCAGCACCUCAAGGCUUCUGUAGACAUUGAUGCUUCCAAUGGACAGGCAUGGUACCUGUUAGGCAGGUGUUUUUCUGGUGUGGGAAGAGUUCAUGAUGCCUUUGAUGCUUACCGUCAGUCUAUUGACAAGUCAGAGGCGAAUGCUGACACUUGGUGCUCCAUAGGGGUGCUAUACCAGCAGCAGAACCAGCCCAUGGAUGCUCUCCAGGCCUACAUAUGUGCAGUACAGUUGGACAAGUCACACUCGGCAGCUUGGGCUGACCUGGGCGUCUUAUACGAGACAUGCAAUCAGCCCAAUGAUGCUCUUACCUGUUACCUCAAUGCUACAAGGAACUCUGAAUCAAACUCAAAUUUGGCAGCCAAGAUAAAAUUUUUGCAGCAAAAUCUGGCCAACAUGCCUCUCCAGCAUUUUCAAAACAAAACUCAAACUUUACCUAGCAUCGAAGAAGCCUGGCGAUUACCUAUCCCUGCAGAACUGACGUCUAGGCAGGGGAAUACAGGACCUGGCGCAGGUCCUGCAUCAGGACGUGGCACAGGACAACCUGGCCAGGACUCAGAUUCUCACUUUACAGAUGAUGAGAGAAGACGAAAGAAGGAUAGAAAAAGGCCAUCAAGCGAACCUCUAGAAAUGCCCCCACCACCCCCUCAACCGCCUGCUACGCUCUCACAGAACCAGUACCACAUGAUGCAGCGUCUAAUGAGCAACCAGGCCAAUCUCAACCAGGCUCAGCAAAACCUUCUACGGCAGCUUCAGCAGCAGCAUUCAUUGUCACAACAAUACAAGCAGCAACAGUCCCAGGGAAGAUUAACUCAUCCAGUUGGUCCAGCCCUCCCCUCAUCCAGUUUGUCGCCACUAGGGAUUGGCGCUCUACCAGGCAUGCAUUCAUCCAGCUCCCAGUCUCUGAUGGGUGGAGGCUUGAUGAGCCCACUAGAGCCAAGCCCCUCCAAGAUGCUGGACGAGAAGUUCCCCUUCUCCUCCCAGGACAUCGCCAUGGCCGAGGAUGUUUUAGCCCAGAUGGCCGGGGACCGUAAAGGGAGCUCAUCUUUAUCAUCAUCACCCUCCCUAGGUUUACCCUCGUCUGAGGGGGCGUUGGCUGCACUCACUCACCUCACAUCCUCAUCUCUAGACAACCAAGGCAGCAAAGACUCGGGCACCGUGCCCAACAGUUCCAACAACACCAGCAAUGGGAACACCCAGGGAAGGACAACCCCAAGUGGCCAAGGGCGGUUAACUCCGAGCUCUACCUCCGUACAUUCCUCCUCUCCCCAAGGCUCGACACGAGGCGACGGUGAGAGCAACUACGACGAGGAUGAGGACGACCUGAAUAAAGACAGCAAGUACUCCAAAGACAUUUUCACCGUCUGCGCCACCAAGGAACUGGGACUGGUCCUCAAGCGCAGCUCAGUCGACGCCUCCCUGCUCCAGAAGGAAGUCCGUCCAGCUGUGGUCACUCUGGAUACCAGCAUGAGUGGGUCAAAGAUCAUGGAGUUGACUAAAGGUCAAGGGUUAAUCCAUUCAAAUCUAAGCAGCAUCCUGGGUGAAGAUCACCCUCCACCUCACCCCCCACCAGCGCCAAGCCCACCGUUACCUAAAGAUUCAUUGAACCCACCUACUCCCAGUGUCUAUCUGGACAAUAAGAAAGAUGCUUUCUCCAUCCAACUUCAGCAAUUCUGUCAUCAACAGCCUGUGGUUGUUAUACGUGGCAUUGCUGGGGCAUUGAAAUUAGAUUUAGGUUUGUUUUCCACCAAGUCUUUAGUAGAAGCCAACCCUGACCAUCCAGUUGAAGUACGAACACAAAAGCAGCAAGCACCGGAUGAAAACUUUGACUCCUCAGGCAAGAGACUCUGGUACUGUGACAGCACAAGAGGCGUCACGACGGUGGCAAAGUAUGCGCAGUAUCAAGCCUCGUCUUUCCAGGAAUCUUUAAGGGAAGAGCAAGAGAAAACAAAAGGGACUGUCAAAGAUUCAGACAGUGAUUCCAAUUCAUCAGUCACAUCCAAGCGGAAAAGGUGUAAGACCAUCAAGUUUGGGACCAACGUGGACCUGUCUGAUGAGAAGAAAUGGCGGACACAGCUGCAUGAACUCACCAAACUGCCAUCCUUCUGUCGUGUGGUGUCUGGCAACAACAUGCUCAGCCACGUCGGGCACACCAUCCUGGGCAUGAACACAGUGCAGCUGUACAUGAAGGUGCCCGGCUCCAGGACCCCUGGUCACCAAGAAAAUAACAACUUUUGUUCUGUGAACAUCAACAUUGGGCCUGGUGACUGCGAGUGGUUCUCUGUGCCUGAACAAUACUGGGGGGUUAUACAGGAAAUGUGUGAGAGGAAUAAUGUCAACUACCUCCAUGGCUCCUGGUGGCCAAUCCUGGAAGACCUGUAUGAAGAAGACGUACCUGUCUACAGGUUCAUCCAAAAACCUGGAGAUCUGGUGUGGAUAGGACCAGGGACUGUACACUGGGUGCAAGCCAUUGGCUGGUGCAAUAACAUAGCCUGGAACGUGGGGCCCCUGACCUACCGCCAGUACACCCUGGGGGUGGAGCGCUAUGAGUACAACAAGCUGCAGAGCUACAAGUCCAUUGUCCCUAUGAUCACACUCUCAUGGAACCUUGCUCAGAAUGUUGGCUUCUCAGAUCCUAAGCUAUACAACGCCAUUAAGACAACGCUCAUGCGCUCAUUACGGCAAGUCCGCAUGACUUUAGAUAUUGUGGAUCAGUUAAAGAAGGAAGUGAAGUGGCACGGACGGACAUCAGAUGAACCUGCCCAUUAUUGUGAAGAAUGCGAGGUUGAGGUGUUUAACAUCCUGUUUGUCACAAAAUGUGAGGGUCAGUUCCUGGUCCACUGUCAGGACUGUGCCCGUAAGGCUAGCCCUACCCUCAACAACUUUGUCGUCCUCAACCAGUAUUCUAACGAUGACCUCAUACAAAUCUAUGACAGAUUUAAAAUACACACGGAGCCUGCAGACUCAUCUAGUACUGAAUCAAAUCCUCAACAAGGACACCAGCACUCUAUUUUUGGGAUGGGGAUGUACAGUUGAUCAGUGAUGUCAUCUAGGGGAGAUCACUCAGGAUAUCAUGCCAGUCACCAGCCCCCCCACCCUCUCAUUUGAUGCUGUAUCAUUUAGUUCACAUUUGUCAAGUCAGCAGGUUACCUCCCUGCAGAUCUUUUACUUGCUGACUCUUGCUUUGGUAAACCUCAUCAGACAUUUCUUAGCACAGGAAUAUACAGGGAUGAGCUGUGGAUUAGGAAAAUCUGCAUAACAGGCUAUUUCUCAAAUACACAUUCAGAUUAUCAGUCAAAUGUAAUAAAGUCAAAAUUCAAAUGACCAGCCCUAUGUAAUGAAGUCAAAAUUCAAAUGACCAGCCCUAUGUAAUGAAGUCAAAAAUCAAAUGACCAGUCCAGUGCUUGCAAGCGCCACCCCCUGACAUAAUCCAUCAAACUGAAGCUUUGAGCUGCAACAGUCUUUCAACUUUGUGUGACCAAAUGUGAGCUUAUCAACUCACCUGCUGUCCCAUCGCAAGCCAAAUUGUUUACACUUUGGUCUCAUCUAAUUUAUAACUCACAUCCAUACGCAUCAUCAGCGUUUCAUAGGUUUUUCUAAUAAACCGCCAUCUAUAUUUAUACUUGCCCGAUAAUGCAACUACAUAGACUAGCCAGGGAUGUUGUCAAAUGCUGAAUAUCUGGCAGCCAUUGCUCAUCUGUACACAUCCAUAUGUUGUAACUGAGGUAACGUGUGUAUGUUCAUGGACAAAUCUUCCAGUCGUGGAUGACGUGAGACAUGCCCUCAUCAUGGAUAAGGACCAAUACCACUGUGAGUGCCAUUAGGAUGUGCUGUGUGUCCGUGCUGUCUUAAUGCUGGCGGGGAGGAUAUUCAACCGCUGCUGGAAAUUUUAGCGACACCACCGUUGUCUUAACAUUUUCAGGCCAGCAGAACUGGAUAUUUUCUGGUCAGUUUGACUAAAAAAAACAAGGAUGUUAAUAAACAAAAUUCUACUGUCAUUUCCAUACACAAUUUUAAGGACUUUUUCACUUCAUUAUUGUAAUAUUUUAACUUAAUACAAUUUGAUUGCUGAUUGUAAUAUUUAUAAAACUUUUAAAAGUAUAAUUUUACUACAUGAAAAUUCCUAUUUUACCUUAAUUUUGUCUGUCCAUUCUCUUUGCUCAAAUAGAAUAAAUCUUGUGUUUGUUCCGUAGAAUAAACUUUUUUAUAUUUUAUUUUUAACAUUUUUCACUUUUUGUAUAACCUCACUCUUGUCACAUUUUUAGUGUAAGCAAAGCAGCCAUGCAGUAAAUGAAAUACCUGGCAUUUUAUUGGCUGAUUAAUAUAUAGUUUGUUGAUGGCCAUUUUGUACCUAAUGAUAAGGUUGCCCUAGCUCUUAGCUUUUAUAAUGGAUAGAAUUUGAGAUGUGGGUUUGUGUGUACAUUUGGAUUUUAACAAACUUUUUAAAACUUUUUUUUUUAAAUGAAUGAGAAUUCUACUUGAUCAAUAUAUUUGUUGCAUUGUAGAAUGAUUGUGACCAAUAUUUCUUGCACUAUAAAUGGGUGAUUUUCUUCUGCUACAUGUCAAUUUACAAGAUGAAUAUACAUAGUGUUGAAUAAUAAGGUCUGUCGACGCUAGUGAAAGAAAUGGCUGUUUUUAGCUAGAUGAGUUUUUACUGCAGUGGUCUUAACUUAUAGACUUGACAAAUGGCAAAGCAUUUUUAAUCUUCAGUGGCAGCAAAUACCAACAAAUCAUCUGUAUAGCUCAACCAUCUUUUUUUUAAAGAACAAGUUUUGUUUUUAUUUAUUUCAUGCUCAUUCUUGUUUAGAGCAGAAGAUUUGAAUUGAGUUUAGAAGCUAUAAAUAGACUGAAGACCAAGCCAGUAGUAUAAAGCAGAAGAUUUGAAUUGAGUUUAGAAGCUAUAGACUAGAGACCUAGCCAAAAAUGUGGAACAAUAUUCUAUAGUUAUUCUGUAUGUAGGUUUCCUUACAAAAGAUGAUUGCAUACAGUUAUUACUUGACAAGCUAAGGUCCUUGAUUUGAUCUACUCAUUACUCAACCUGCUAGGUACUGAAGUUGUCAGCCACCGCUCAGCAUAGAUAAAUAUUUUGUUGCUGUCUGUAGUUUUAUCUUGAACAAAACAUGAACUGUGUCUAAAGGCCAGCUUAACUUAUUUAAUAAUUCAGAUGUAUUGCAGUUUAUGUAUAGUUUACACUGCAGCCUAGUAUGAAAUGGCAUUCAUAUCCAGUUUAUAUAUAUUUACAUAACAUAGUACAAUAUACUCUAGCCAUCAUAUUUUUAUCUAACUUAUUCUCUUUCCUGUAAAUAGUAAACAUAUAUUAAAUAGAUAAUGAAAUUAUGUCAAAAUUAACAGUAUAUCUGGGUUUUUAAAUUUUGUUGCCUUUUUCUGAUGUGUAUUGAAUGAAUUUGUGUAUAUAUGUAAAGUAUACAUUUCUCACCAAAUCUAAUCAUAAUUUAUAGUAAUUGACAGUAGGUGGUUUAAUGACAAUAUGGCCAUUUUAUUUUUGUCUUUGAUAUAAAAGUUUUGUUAAAAAUAUUUGGGAACUUUAAUUUUCAUUUUUUUUCUGUAUGUAAUAUAAUUUUAAACUUUGUUGAAAUUUUUUAUUGAAAAGUCAAUUUAGAGUGUAAUUUGAUAAGUUGGCCUAUUGUGUAUAAUCCAGUACUUGUAUACUGGGAAGCUGAACAUGCUUUGAUCUCAUUAUUUUAUUGACGGUAUAGUCUGUUUCAGCUUUAACUUAAUUAGUUUGACUAGCUUGUCCAAUCUUGAAAAAUUAGUUGAACCUUUAUUACUGGAGACAUGUUCUCCAAACUCGCAUAUUUGUCCACAUGUUUGACCCAUGUCCUGUUCCACUGAGUGACAUACAAAAUAGAAGUGUUGAUAGAGUUGUGUGUUGAUACUAUUGGAGUUGUCACAGGUGUGUUGAUACUAUUGGAGUUGUCACAGGUGUGUUGAUACUAUUGGAGUUGUCACAGGUGUGUUGAUACUAUUGCAGUUGUCACAGGUGUGUUGAUACUAUUGCAGUUGUCACAGGUGUGUUGAUACUAUUGGAGUUGUCACAGGGGCAAGUUGUUUGAUGUAAAACUGUUGACUUUUCCCCCCGUUGAUUUUGUUUUUGAAUGUUGACAAGACGUGGGUAAUUCAUGAGAUAGCUGUCAUUGGUUCUCUCACUGUGGUAGCCAGUAGCAACCGUGCCACCAAGAAAACAAAAUGGUGGCGGUUUUUAUACUGCUAUUACCUGCCAGCUGUACAGACUUGUUUCCCUUGAUUUGUUCCCUAGUUUAAUUUCCCAACCAAAUUUUUAAUUUCCUCCCGUUUUACUGUUACUGGCCACCACUGAAGCGGAGAUCGUCAUUGGUCCAUGACCUUUGAACCGGUGAACUCUGCUCUGUUGACAUCCUCUAGCUCUAAGGGAGGUAAGUUUUGUUCAUCAGCCCCCGCCGUGUUUUCUGUUAGGUAUUUGUUCAACUGGUUCCUACCACUGUGUCCUUGAAUAGAGCAGUCGUACAUGCUUGUGAAUGGAGAGGUGGCCACUUUUAAAUAUUUGAUGUACAGCCAUACACGGGAGAGAUUGUAGAAAACUGACCAGGACAUUUGAAAGAUUAAGUUAAUUAAGCCUAAUGAACUUACUGUUUGAUUCCAUUUAGCACCAGACAGAAAUAAAUUUUACAAUGACGUAUUUUUUUUAAUCAAAAAUACUUGAAUGUCAUUUUUCAUUAUCUGAAAUACUUGUAUGUCAUUUUUCAUUAUCUGAAUAGAUUGAGAAUGCCAGUUUUGAUUAUCUGAAUGAAUUUUUAUUUUUUAAAAAAUUAUUUGUAUGUUUUUUAUGAGAAAUACUGAACGACUAUUUUAAAAUGGAUUUUAAAAGUUACUGAAAAUCUUUAAGCAGAAAAUUUUAUAUUUUUAGCUGAAAAAAUGGUUUGGCUCGGGUUUUUUUUUUUUUACUUCUAGUUUGUUGCGUUACAGUAAAUAAAAAUAUA